AUGGGCAGAUGUAUUGUAGAUGACGGAGGUGAGGAACCAUCGGAUGAAAUGAUUGCGCAAAUGAGAGAUUAUUGUUUGCAAACAACUAAACGUCGAAAACCGAAAGAGCCGUCAACUUUGAAGCAUAUUACAAGUCUUUUGCCAAAAGUCGAGGUGGCCGGACCGGGAGCUUCUUACAAUCCUCCUGUAGCCAUGUAUGAGAGUUACAUUAAUGGAAUCGUUGAUGAGGAGAUAAAAGCUGAGAAGGUUGAGAGCAAGCUUGAGAAAUCGUUGAAACUAGCGCCUGGCCAAACUUAUAUUUCAAAGUCAGAAAAAAUGGCCGAAGAGAGUGCGGGCUUAUUUGAUAACGAAAAACAGUCAACAGAAGCAGAAGAUGGUGCAGCCAAUCGAUCUGAUGAAGCAGAAAAUGCGAAAAAGUCAACAAUGAGACGUAGGACCAGAAAGGAACGACGUGUGGAAGCCUUGGAAAAGCAGAAGAAACUCAUCGACGAAGAGUACAAGAGUGUGAAAAGUGCCGAACAGGCUGUAUUCGCAGUGAAAAAAAUCAACAAAGAAAUAUCAGAGGAAUUGACGCAGGUGAAUGAAAAAGCAAAACUACGACGGAAACAAAAGUGGACAAAAAAAUUGCUUGGUACCCAACAACUAGGUAGAGGUAAGUUCAAACCAGAGGAACAGCCAUUCUUGAUGACGGAUGAAUUGACUGGCUCACUUCGUGAACUCAAACCUCAGGGUAACAUCCUAAUGGAUCGAUUAAAAAGUCUUCAAAAACGUAAUAUGUUACCGGUACCCGGAGAAGAGGGUCGCGUGAAGUCGAAACUGAAAAAGAAAUUGAAAAUCAAAGAAACUGAACGAAGAUCACAUAAGGAAGUUACGCUUGGCAGUCGUGUUAUAUGA